AUGGGACAAGUUUUAAUAACUACGCAACCUUCACUGAAUGCUUUGUGCCACUCAGAUACUUAUGUUCGUGAUAAAGAACUCAAAGUUCUCAAUAGCUUAGCAAUACUAACAACACUAAUGAUUGUCUUAGCGCCCGCCAUUGAAGCCGCCAAAAUACUAGCGGUAUAUGUAUAUCCGGGCAAAAGUCACUUUAUGAUGCAUCGCGUGCUGAUAAGCGAGUUGGUGAAGCAUGGCCAUGAGGUAACCAUGAUAACGGCUUACACGCUGGCGCCACUACGUCUGGGCAGCAAUUAUACAGAGAUACUCAUCGAACCGGUUUACGAUUAUCGAAAGGAUGGCAACGUUGACACGGGUAGCAACACCAUGUUCGAUAUGUCAAAAAAUGACAUAACGGAAUUUACGAAUAUGAUGCAAGCGAUUUGCUUGGGCAGCACCGAACACGCACUCAAACAGCCGAAGGUGCAAGCGAUCAUUAAUGCCGAACAAACACGCGAUGUCUACGAUCUCUUGCUGGUCGCACAGUUCUAUCAGGAUGCCUUCCUCGCUUUGGCGCAUAUUUACAAUGUGCCGGUGGUGAGCACUGCCACCUUCGCCAAGGAGCAUUAUAUGAGUCAAAUGUUCGGUGUAGUAACCCCGUGGUCGUAUGUGCCGCACGGCUCACUGCCACUCACGGAUCGCAUGAGCUUCUGGCAGCGUCUGCAGAAUGCCUAUCACAUAUUGAAUACCGAUUACAGUCGCGAGUUUAAAUACUUCCCGAUGGUGGAUGCGUUGAUCGCGAAGUACUUUGGACAUUUGCCAAUUAAGUUUCCCAGCGCCUCCGCCAUGGAUAAGAAUCUCAGCGCCAUACUGAUCAACAACUAUACACCGUUAUCAACUGCCAGUCCAACCAUGGACAAUAUGAUCAAUGUGGGUGGCAUGCAUAUUUAUCCACCCAAAGCCCUACCCGCUGAGUUGCAGACCUUUUUAGAUGAAGCUGAGCAUGGCGCCAUCUACUUCAGCUUGGGCAGUCAAGUGGAGAGUAAGGAUAUGCCGGCUGAGAAAUUGCGUCUCUUCCUCGAUGUCUUCUGCAGCUUGCAACAGCGUGUGCUGUGGAAGUUCGAGAAUGAGAGCAUCACAAAUUUGCCACCGAAUGUUAUGGUGAAAAAGUGGAUGCCACAGAGUGACAUACUGGCACAUCCUAAUGUGCGUGUCUUCAUCACGCAUGGCGGCUUACUGGGCACACAGGAGGGUGUGCACUACGCGGUGCCUAUGCUGGGUAUGCCCUUCUACCUCGAUCAGCACCUCAAUUUGAAGAAGGCGGAGCUGGGCGGCUACGCUGUAACACUGGACUUUCACACGCUCACGCGUGAGUCUCUGCAGGCCGGUCUGCAGCAAUUGCUCCACAACAACACAUAUCGUAACAACAUUAGAAGGAUAUCAAACAUCUUCCACGAUCGUCCAAUGAGCGCACGUGAGACUGCGCUCUACUGGAUCGAUUACGUCAUACGUCACAAGGGCGCACGGCAUCUGCGCGCUGCCGGCUUGGACUUGAAGUGGUAUCAAUUCUAUUUGCUGGACGUGGUUGCUCUCUGUUUGGCUGUGGCAUUAUUGUUGCUGAGCAUUGCAUUUGUGCUGGUGCGUUGGCUCCUAAGGAGUCUUGGUAGUAAACAACAAAAGCAAAAACUGCUUUAG